GACAAAAUCUAGAAGGGAAUGAGAGAAAGAGAGAGAGAGAGAGAGAGCAGCAUGAUCAAGUGAGUGAGCGAUCAAGGGAAGCAGAGUGUGAGGGGGAGAGAGCGAGCUCUCUGAAUUGUGAGUGGCUUACGACACUCAGUGAACAGAAGGCGCUUCUGCAUGUGGUGUCAGCGUACUGGUCUGCUGGAAGGGACUGUGCGAUCUCUGCUUCCCAUUUACCGCCCCCACUCGGCACCAGCAUCAACCUUCAGCAGCGGACCAUGAAAACACCCAGAGCUGGGGAGUGAACAGAACCCGCAAGCCGCCAGGGAUGCGAGAGGCUUCUUCAGCGUCAUGAGGCACUGGCAUGACGAGGAAUACUGUUGCACAUGAAGACAAGGUUUUCUUCUUCGUUCUUUUUUUGCUUCCGCCUCGGCAUUCAUCAUUGAAAGCAUGACCACGAGCUUGAUUUGAUUCAUUCUUUGAAGCCAGUGAUCGCUUUCGGGGACAUUGAUGUGUGCUGGCAUACGUGCCAAAACUUGGCCAGGAAGGGGAGGAACAGCGAUAUCUGAAAAUUAUUUCCCCGUCUUUUUUUUUUCCCCUUUUUUUCUGGCAUGCUCUUCAUUGCAGUAGAGAGCCGCAGAGGAGACAGAGCUCAUGCAUACAGACGGGGGAACUUGUGCCUCCUACCAUCUCGCUGAAAGCUACUUGGAUUCCUACUCUUUGUGGCUCUUUCACUUGAGGAGAACUAAGACAUUGUAAGCCUGCCAAGGAUCGGGUGUCCACUGAAAGACGAGACGGGAGGGGGGGAAUUUGUACCACAGUGGGAUCCUUUUGAGAUUCGCAGAGAAUUAGACUUGGGGCACAAAGCGAGACGGUGAAUGGAAUUGUCAGCUUUUGGAUAGGGGUGAGUUGGAAUCAUUUUGGAACACCUUUUUUUUUCCGUUCCCCACCCACUGCCGAUCAUACAACAGUGGAGAGACUUGUCUUCGGUAGGCUUCUUUUUCUUCGAACAUGUUCAUGGAUGUUAAAAAAUAUUGCCUCCUGCGUUCACUCGUGCACGGUCCGAAAAAUGACUGACAGAUAAUGUGAUGCUCAUGAAGGGAUGAGUGCAGUUUGAUAUCUAGAGGAGGUUCAAUGGACAUUUUCUCAGAGACAUCCCCGGAUAUUUUUUCUAAUGGAUUUCCUUUUAAUCGGACUGUAUUUAAAGUGGCCACUGAAGAAGCCCCCGGGAUUGAUAUUGUUUUCACUGGGCAUUUUUUUGAGACUGGUUCCCCGGGCAGAGGGGGUCUGUCCAAGGCUGUGUCGCUGCGACAGCAAGCUGCUGUACUGCGAGGGACUCAACCUAACAGACAUACCCCGCAAUUUGAGCAGCGCCAUGGGUCUGUCGAUGAGAGAAAACAACCUGACUGAGUUGCGCGAGGGGCAGUUGGCUGGACUGUCGCAGCUUACCUGGCUAUACCUGGAUCACAACAACAUUGACAUUGUGGAGGAAGGGGCUUUUGAGAGACUAAGAAGAGUUAAGGAGUUGGACUUGAGCAGCAACCAUAUUGAAAAUCUGCCAAACGGCACCUUUAGGCCCCUCCCAAACUUGCGCAUUCUAGAUCUCUCAUACAACAGGCUGCAGGCCCUCGAGCCCGACCUCUUUUAUGGCCUUAGGAAGCUCACUAAUUUGCAUUUGCGAUAUAAUUCUCUCAAGUUUGUGCCAGUGCGGAUUUUCCAGGACUGCAGAAGCAUGCAAUUUCUAGACUUGGGACACAACCAAUUGCAGAGCCUGGCGCGCAACUCGUUUGCCGGCCUCUUCAAGUUGACCGAGCUGCAUCUUGAGCACAAUGAAUUGGUUAAAGUCAACCUCGCCCAUUUCCCGCGUCUCAUUUCGUUACGAACUUUGUACAUGCACAACAAUCACGCGACCAUUGUUGUCAAUACCCUGGAGUGGACGUGGCAUUUUUUAGAAAAGAUUGACCUGUCAGCGAAUGAAAUCGAAUACAUCGAGCCCCACGUUUUUGAGAGCGCGCCAAACCUCAAAUCGCUCAUGCUGGACACUAACCGGCUGACGUACGUGGACCAGCGUGUAUUAGAUUCAUGGUCAUCUUUGGACAGCAUCACUCUGGCAGGGAACGACUGGGAGUGCAGCCGCAACGUGUGUGCCUUGGCCUCCUGGCUCAGUGCCUUCCAGGGUCAGCGUGAUAAUUCACUGUUGUGUUCAAGCCCAGAUUCUGCACAAGGUGAGGACGUGUUGGAUGCCGUCUACGCUUUCCAGCUGUGUGAGGACGCCCUGCAGGACGUGACUACAGCAGGUCUGUACGCCACGACGCUGGAUCAUGCCCAGGGUGGUGCAGUAUACCUGGGAUCAUUUACUCCAAACCCAUAUGAUGGCGAUCUGGUCACCAGUUCAUUCACGGUCACAGUGAGCCACGACGACCUGGAAAGCACCAUGCAGAUCCAUAAAGUGGUGACGGGCACCAUGGCACUCAUCUUUUCAUUUCUCAUCAUCGUGCUGAUGCUGUACGUGGCGUGGAAGUGCUUUCCUGCCGGAAUAAGACAACUAAGGCAGUGCCUCAGCAGCCAGCGUCGCAAGCAGAAGCAGAAACAAAACAUGCAGCAGAUGGCUGCGAUCUCUACACCAGAGUACUAUGUCGACUAUAAGCCGAACCAUAUUGAGGGAGCGCUUGUCAUCAUUAAUGAAUAUGGUUCCUGCACAUGUCAACAGCAACCUUCACGGGAAUGUGAGGUGUGACGCUGCAUUGUGAUUAAGCCUUUAACUGUGUUUACGUGGAAAUUCAGCAAGUCACUUCUGUUGGAUGAACAGCAGAGGGAACAACUGAGGGACAAAAAAAAAAACAACAACACGAGAGCGGUGAGUGUUUUGCAGUGAAAGAAAUUGCUGUGGAUUCACUGCUUUCCUGCAAUCGUACUCCUUUGGGACCAAAAGAAACGAUUCUGGCCUGAGGACCUGUUGAUGUUCGACAGAAACAGUAUGAGAACUCUGUUAUGUGCAAUUAUUCCCUCACGUAUGGAUAUUCAGCUUUAAUCAGUGACAUGACAUUUGAAUACUGUUUAAAAAAAUCAACUAAGGACACACAUACAAGAAAAGAAAAAGAAAAAAAAGCAAGUGUAAUAUACUACAGACAAUAUUUCAGAGUCCUAAAAAAAACUGAUGUGUAUAUGUUAAAAAAAAGAAGCGUGUAAAUGUGGACAAAAAUGGAACAUGAAAUUAUUUUGUAAACUACAAUGUCAAAAUAAAUGAAUUGCUAUUCACAGUCAAGUCAAUUGUACAUGAGACGCUUGUCAAAUGGGACGAAUGAGGAAAGAUUCAGUGGUUGGGCUCAUGAACUGGCGAGCAAUGACUCAGCACUGUAUCAAACCAAAACAACUCAAUGGAGGCGUACAAAAUGAGAGCACCACAGGGAUAUCUGCAUCUCAUCAUCAAUGUGUGUUCAUAUCUGAAUUCUAGAGCUCAGCUGUAACGCACAUACUUGCUGUUUGGUCAUUGUGUAUCAUUAUGAGUGUGAUUUAUUUGAAUUAGUUGAUUAAAUACAUUCUGUUCUGUUGGCUGACCUUAACUUAUACUAUAUUCCUAAGUGUGCAAUGUCUGACUAAAGCAAUCACCGUUCCAACAGAGAAAUGUAUCUCAUUGCUUUCCACUUGUUCGCCAAUUCCUGAGUUACAAAAGAAGCACAUAAAAGAACAAGAUGAGUAAAAAAAAAAAAGAAUCAUCCUGCGUGUGCUUCUAUAAAGUGGAACUCAAAUCAGAAUCACAGAGCAAACUAUCACCAGCUUCAACAGAGAUUUGCACAUAAUUAUUCUUCACUGUGUUUUAAUGUGCUGUAAAAAAUGUUUGUGGACAACAAGGCAGUUGUGUGGUGUACAUACAGUAUAUUUCCUUUCUCCUCUGGUGUUCAUUGUGUAAAUUAAUUCACAGACAGAAAUGUUUCAUGGCUUCUUUGACGUGUACACCAUGUCACAUGAAGAAGGAGGCGGAAGCUCACAACCACUGCAGCAAAGAGGGUACAGAGUGCUCUCUAGUGUACGUCCUGAUAACGUGGCUGUAUUUCAUUUGUAAACCAUUCUCUGCAACAUCAAGCCGCAGGGGGAACAGUAUUAUUUUGGAUUUGUGCUUUCUGUUUGUUUUAAUUUUCCUAAAAAGAAAAAAAAAACUAUAUAUUUUUUAUUUUGAUAUAUUAUAAAAUAAUGUUUACAACUUGUUAUUCUACAGGAAUAAAAUGUUUUACCGACUCACCUAAACAUCACUUGUCAUGAGAUUUAAAGAAAUAUAUAUUAUGUAUUGAUAGGUAGUCGCGGGUUGUAUUGAUGCGCCUGGAGGGGUUCGGUUCAAGAUGCAUUCAUGAAUAGGACAUUUUCCUAGAGCAUGUACAUAGCUUAUGCUAAACAGCUGUACACUACAUUUUGCCGUCGCAGCUCUUCAAAAUGCCUCAGGUGGGAAAUUCUCGACUCCCUGUCAAAGAUGGUGAAGAUAAUUAUUGACCCAUGUACACAACAGAAAUAUACCUAAUUUGAAACAAGACUACCUCGUCCCUGACAGUCAUUCACGAGCAGCCAUCUUGUUUUACACGCUCUCUUAAGGGCGUCAAUAAAGAACAAACUUCUACUUUAAUUUAACCCAAGAUGGAACAGGCAAUUAUGAGGCAUUGUGAGAAGAAGAAUUGAUCAAAUUAAUUUUUUUUUUUUUCACAAAUAAUGCUCUGGAUGUCUAUUUCAAUCGACAUGUAUUUACUUACAUUCAUAGGCUGGCGAAGGCUUCUAAAAUAUAUAUUUUAAAAUAUGAAUUUACAUCUCUAAGCAGAAUACAAAGCCACACAUUAAUCAGGUUUUUAUUAAAAAUAACACCUCUGUCCAUCUAAUUGUAUUCAUAGCUAAUGAACCAAAGAUUUUUUUUUUAAUGUAAAUAAAAUGACGUCAUUUCUGCAAAGACAGUCACACUUAUUUAUUUAUUUUUACAUAUUACAAGUUAUAUCACAUCAACUGCUACCUAAAUUUGAAAUCAAAGAUCAGUUAUAUUGAAUUAUAUUAGUAUUUAUUAGUGUCAUAUGCUUCAAAACAUCAACUUAUUAUUUACCGUUUAUCAUUUUUAUUGUAGUUUUUCAACCCCGGAGAACCCAAGGACCACAUGGGGUAACAGCCAAAUUUGACCGUGUGGGUUCUCCAGGGUUCCAAUUUAUGUCAGCACUGAACUCUUGUGUGAAUCACCACACAUUCAGACCAAAAGCACAUGUAGUGACGUGGUCACAAGUAUGUAUCCGCGGACGAGGAGGACAUCCUGGAUUUAUGAUCUGUGUCCAGGUUGUUCCACUUGGAACAUGGCUUCGAGUCAUCACCCCACUACCAUCUAAAUGUAAAUGCAUGGCAGUUCAUCUGUGUUAAUCAUUUUUCACAUUACAAAUUCUUAUCAUCACUGCACCUAAUAAAUUUAAGGUCUUCAAUCUGUUUGCACACGUGCUGUAUUAUGUCAAUUACAUAGGCCUGUAGUUGCACAGGUGAAUUUGAGGCUUUCAUUUUAGGAUAUAUACGGUGAUGUAGUUCAUGAAUUAGAGUUAUGAGAGAAAUGUAGCCAGUACAAAUAUUGGAUCUUCUCUGACAUAAACUGCAUGUGCUGACUCCUCUAUCAAUUCUAUUAGGGUUAAAGGGAU